GAAGGCUGAAGUUCCAGUUUUGUGUUGGGCUCUUCAAACUAUUCUACAGCGUUGAGCUUCCUUCAUACGGUGUCUGAGGAGUCAAAAACAGUAUCCAGUGAGGGAUUUUUUAUUGUUUUUGACCACAUUUAAAUAAUAUCACAGAAUUUCAGUGGGAAGAUCUAUGAAGAAAAGAAGUUGAAGACUAACUUUUGCUGCCAUCUGUGACCUGCUUCAUAAACAAUGGACAGAUCUGACACUGAUCAGCUAAAUAUUCAGAUGAUUCCUGUUACAGAGGACAACAGCUGGGUCAACAACAGACAUAUCCCUCUACCUGCCUGUGUUAACUCUGAAUUUCAGUGGGAAGAUCUAUGAAGAAAAGAAGUUGAAGACUAACUUUUGCUGCCAUCUGUGAGCUGCUUCAUAAACAAUGGACAGAUCUGACACUGAUCAGCUAAAUAUUCAGAUGAUUCCUGUUACAGAGGACAACAGCUGGGUCAACAACAGACAUAUCCCUCUACCUGCCUGUGUUAACUCUGGGCUGGCAUCAGUUGUUUCCAUCUUUUGCAUUGGACUGGUGUCAGGAGCUGCAGGAGGUCUUCUGCUGGGAGCGACAGCAGUCGUCGUGCUACAGUCCCUGGAGCUUCUGGCUGAGAACAGGCUGCUCAUGGAGCAGUUAGGAAAAUACAUCAUGGAUAGGUUUUUUUUGGAAAAGAUGAUAGAAUAUAUUUUACAGUGGGAAAGUUAUAACCAGGUGUAUGACACUCAGAUAUCUGUAUUUGCAGUGAUAUUUGGUGUUUUUUCCUCAGCUUUAUCAUUAGCUGUAGGGUAUAGCGAUGGGGAAGGCCCUGGGUGUUGCUGGGCCAGUGUGUCUCAUGGGUGUCACUGCAACUGGAUAUCUUCUGGGCCUCACUUUAGAGGGUUUUCUAUCCAUUACUUUAAAUGUUAGUGUUUUGCUGUGGAUUUUUAUUUCAGGAGUAGUAUGGCUGUUUCCAGUCAUUGCCAGUAUGGCUUUUUCCAGUUGUAAAUUACAGUCUUGGUUGAGUCUAAUUAUCUUGUGUUGUUUUGCACCAGGUGCUGCAUUGAUUGCAUUUCUAUUGAGUUUCCUUUCUAAAAUGAGGUUAAUUCUUGUUGUUAUUUUGACACCUAUGAUUAUAGUUGUAAAAGUACUUGAAAUCUCACAUGCCGCAAAACUCCCCAUUGUUAUUGUGCCACUGAUGUUGACCAUAUCUGAUGUAUAUAACACUGUAGAGCAGAAGAUUGUUUUCUUACAGUCCCCGACAUCCACAGACGCACGCAGUGUUGUACUAGAAGCCAUUUUUGUUGGAGUUUUAACUUCUCUGCUGUUCACAGUUACUGUAGGAAUGUCGAUAUUUGUGUCUUGGCAAAGGGGUGGAGCAGUUAAAAUCUGUGCUAGUGCUGCAGGUUCUGGUGCAGCAGUUUUAGGUGCCAUAAAGUUGGCUCUCCCUGUGCUAGGUCCUGGUCCCACUAUAGGAGCUCUGAUAGGGGGGCCAGGAGCAGUAGGGGUCUCUCUUUCUGCAGCAGAGGCAGUAAUCAACCAGUAUGGACAGAACCAGUAUGGAUUUGUAGGAAUGCUGGGUGUGACAGUGGGGGCAGCUGUAGGAGCUUUUCUAUCCUCAUGUGCCCACAGUGGACUGUCAGGGGUGUUCAUUGGUCUGUGUGCAGCUACAAUUCCUGCUGAAGCCUUACUGUUUUCACAUUCCACAUCCACAUCAUGGAGGUUGUUUGUGUGUUUAUGGCUAUGCAUAUAUGUAGUCCUGAUACCAUUUAACCACACUGCUUUGUAUUAUAUAUGUAUAUAUGUUUCACAAGAUAGUUCGUCAUUUGGUCUAUAAGAUCCCUAAACAGGUCCUGAAUCUAGACCAUGUCCUAAACAUGAUGUUUUGAGUCUUAAACAAGCUGAGGAGUGUUAAUGUGUAUACCUUACAGUUCUCAUUGUAUUUACCUACACCGGUUUGUUUUAUAUAUUAUGCUUACAAGCCUUAAUGUGUAUAUGUAUUUCUACAUAUGCAUCAGUUUUGUUUGUUAGGGACCACGUUUUUAUUGAAUGGUGAGUGUUCUGAGUGAUAGCACAGACACUGGUGCAAUGCAGUUGCAUAGAAUACAGAAAACACAAGAAAACACAAACUACAAGAAGUUCAUACAUUGGGGCUGAUGCUCUGUCAUUACUAUCUGACUAGCUUAGCUGUGGUUUAGAUCAUGUGAAUCUUUAACAAAACAUAACGAUUUCCGAUUACGGAACACUUUUUGUGAUUUCUGUUGUAGAAAGCAGGUUCAGUGAAACUCUGACUUCAAACCUGAGAUGAAGGGAACUCAUUUUCUAUUCCAGAAAGAGAGGAACGUUAAACAGCAUUGUGAACCUAGCCUGCUUGCUGGCAGCUUUUCUUCCUCACGAUUCACUCCAAAUCAAAGUACAUAUAUCAAAGUGCAUUAACUAGCAGAGGUUUACUGGAUAUUAUGGUAGUUACUAAGGACUAUCUAAAGAGAAUAAAUGCAUGUCCUUUUUGCGAGUGGAGGUUCUUUUUUUAUAACAUCGUGCACAAGACAGCUGUCAGUUUCUUAGAGCAGUUCCACUAAUGGAGUGACACAGAUGAGUUCAGUCAACUCAAGCUGCACUGCUAUAUACACACGAUGCCUCACUCUCUAUGAUCAUAAACCAAACACACCCUCCUAAUUUGGCAGUCUAUUUAAGUUGCAAAUUUUGCCUCUCUCCCUCUGCUCUGUCAGUGCCACUGCUGCCCUGCACCAGUAUUGCUGCCUGUUCUUUGAGCCCCACCACCACCACCCCAGCAUCCACCUGCAGGCUCAGUAUCUCUAUGUAAAUGUAUCUAUGGGGAGUGAUGAGUUCUAGAUGCCAAACUAUGUUGUACUGCAAUAAACAUUUUAAACGUGAGUUGUCUGACUGAAAAAUGUUUAUUGCACAGAAUGUGUAAUCUCAGAUUAAUUUAUAAAAAUCGUUAUGAAGCUCUAGACAUAUAGAGUCAUAUCUCUAACACUCAUGAUGUGAUUAGUCUCAGUGAUAAUAUUAAUGUAAUUUUGGAGAUUAUAUGUCAAUAUUUCUGAGUGAGCAGGACAGUAGUGUAGCUGCAGAAUGUAGUUGGAAAGUGAGGUUUUUACAUUAUAUAUGCUAUGUAUCUGAAUGUUUUAACAGCAUUUCAGUGACUGUGUUUAAAUGUAUUGGUUGAAGGAGUUGAAAUAAAGCCACUGAAUACUAUACUGUACCCAAGAUCCAAAUAGAUGUGCAGUAUUUAUAAUCUACAGUAUUUUAACCUCAACAGCUUUUCAAGUACAAAUGACAUUGUGACUGGAUCAGAUUACGAGUUUACAGUUAUCAGCCUGAAUGCAUUUAAACUAUAUAUCUUUUAAAUCUUUAACUAUAUUUUUCAUCUGAAGUUGCUGGCCCCUGUGUUUUGUCAGUGAGGGAUCAAUAAAGUAUUUCUGAUUCUGAUUCUGAUUCUGAAAUGUAAUGGACAACUAAACAAAACAUUAUUGUGUUAACUUACUGAGACUUCCUGCUCUAACUUAGGCUCAUUUUGUGUGCGAGGUCCACAUGCUAUGAUCUACAUCUGCCGGAUUAAAAUGGAGGCUCUUCCGUGGUGAAUUGUAGUAUCAGAGCUCUGUUGAUGAAGGCUUUUUUCAUUAACCACAUAAGAGUUUUACUCAGAGUGAACAUACUCAGAGGUAACUGAACCAACUCUGAUCAGCUGUUCUGGAACUGAAAACUCUUGAGUUUCCCAUCUCAGGCUGAAUGAACUCAGAGUUCAGUGUUUGUGAGUUUGUUAAACGGAUUUCUGAAACAGGGUCUUGAAAUGAUAUUGUUUUGUGAAAUGUCUUUGUGUUUUGUGGAAUGUCAUGUUUUGUGAGAUGUUGUUGUAUUUAUUGUUGUAUUUUCAAAAAAAAAAAUCAGGAAGAUUAACUGCAGUUAUUCUUAUACUCUGCUGUAUUACUUAUUUUUUCAUGCUUAUUAUUUUUGUACUUUGAACAAGGGUUAUUGUUGCCCUUAUAGCUCAUGGUAUUCUGUACAGCUAUAAAGUGAAGAAUUAAUGACAACCUUUUAAACAGACUAGAUACUGUAUGUGUGAGAGUUACAGUACAAAGAGAGGAAAGUCCUCUGCGGUUAAUCUACCAGGAGACCACAGCAGACACCUUCUUGUAACUUUUGAUUUGAAAGCUUUUAAAAAAUGUUCUUGUUCAGAAUAAAGAACCCAAAAUAUA